CUCUCUUCUUCUCCACCCUCACCUUCUUCGCUAAGCAAACGAAGAAGAAGAAGGGUUUCUUUCUUCAAUGUCCACUGAAACCAAAAAAUAAAGGAAAAAGGCAAAAGAAGGAGAUCAAAAGCAAGAAAAAGCCAAGGGAAAAGCAGAAAAGCAGAAAGAUAAUCACUUCGAACAAAAACCCUUCUUUCUCUGUUGUCUUUUAUCGAUCUUUUUUUUGCAUAUAAAGUCCCGAAAGGAGUUCAAUAAACUAAUAUGGUUUCUGGGUUUUUCAAUUUUACUGAAAUCUUUGCUUCUCCUGGAAGAGAAUUGGCGCUGGAGACGGUGGCGGCGGCUGGGAUCAUCGGUUCACGGCGGCGGUCAUGGAGGCCAGUUCGAGCGGUUCGGCGGGUCCGCCUCGGUCGCUGUCUCGGAGGACGCCGUCUCGCGCGACUACCAUGAUGAUUGAGAGGUCUAAUGACGACGAUAGCGCCAUGGACAGCGAGCUUGUUCCUUCCUCUCUUGCUUCCAUUGCUCCAAUUCUCCGUGUUGCCAAUGAGAUCGAGAAGGAUAAUCCGAGAGUUGCUUAUCUCUGUCGCUUCCAUGCUUUUGAGAAGGCUCAUAGGAUGGAUCCAACAUCGGAUGGACGUGGUGUUCGCCAGUUUAAGACCUACCUGCUACAUAGACUGGAAAGGGAAGAAGUAGAAACAAAGCCUAAACUGGCAAAAAACGAUCGCCGAGAAAUUCAGGCAUAUUAUCAGAACUUCUAUGAGAAAUAUAUUAAAGAAGGGGAGCGAUCAAGAAAACCGGAGGAGAUGGCUAGGCUUUACCAAAUUGCCUCUGUAUUGUAUGAUGUUCUGAAGACAGUUGUACCUUCCCCAAAAGUGGAUGACGAGACCCUUAGAUAUGCUGAAGAAGUCGAGCGGAAGAGGGAAAGAUAUGAACACUAUAACAUUCUUCCAUUAUACGCUGUUGGAACCAAACCAGCGAUUAUGGAACUUCCCGAGAUCAAAGUAGCGGUCAAUGCUGUCCAGAAUGUGCAUAAUCUUCCUCGAGUCAGAGCCCACGUGCUGUCAAGUGCACCAGAUGAAAAGCUUAAGGCCAGAAGUCGGCCUUUCAAUGAUAUACUUGAAUGGCUUGCUUCUAAUUUUGGGUUUCAGAGAGGGAAUGUAGCAAAUCAGAGAGAACACCUAAUAUUGCUUCUUGCCAACUCUGAUGUGAGAAACAGAAAUGCUGAAAGCUACGAUGAGUUGAAAUCUAGCACUGUCAUGGAGUUAAUGGACAAAAUUUUCAAAAAUUAUUGCUCGUGGUGUAAAUACUUGCACUGUAAAUCUAAUCUCAGGUUUCCGGAAGGUUGUGAUGAACAACAGCUGCAGCUCAUCUAUAUUGCUCUGUAUCUUUUGAUAUGGGGAGAGGCUUCGAAUGUUAGAUUCAUGCCCGAGUGCAUCUGCUAUAUUUUCCAUAAUAUGGCAAAUGACGUCUAUGGAAUUCUGUUCAGCAAUGUUCAAUCUGUAAGUGGCGACGCAUAUGAACCCGAAGAAAUUAUUGAUGAAGAAUCGUUCUUAAGAAAUGUUAUAACUCCAAUCUAUCAAGUUAUACUCAAGGAAGCCAGAAGGAACAAAGGGGGCAAGGCAAGCCACUCAAGGUGGAGAAAUUAUGAUGAUUUAAAUGAGUACUUUUGGUCAAGGGCAUGCUUUAGGAUAGGAUGGCCCCUGGAUCUGAAUGCAGACUUUUUCAUAUACUCUGACGAGAAUAACCCACAAAAUGAGAGGUCUAAUCAAGCAACUAAUGGCCAAAGCAAGCCCAAAACUGACUUUGUUGAAGUUCGUACAUUCUGGCAUCUCUUCAGAGAUUUUGGCCGAAUGUGGAUCUUCUUUGUCAUGGCUUUUCAGGCUAUGGUAAUCAUUGCAUGGAGUGCUUCUGGAUCUUUGGCUGGUCUUUUUGACGAGGAUGUUUUUAAAACCGUGCUCACCGUUUUUAUUACUGCGGCCUAUCUCAAUUUCUUACAAGUUGCACUUGAUAUCAUCCUUAGUUUCAAUGCCUGGAAGAGCUUUAAGUUCUCUCAAACGCUGCGGUAUCUCCUCAAACUUGCAGUUGCAGCUACAUGGGCAGUUUUGCUAGCAAUAGCUUACUCAAAAUCGGUCCAAAACCCUUCUGGAGUUGUAAAGUUCUUUAGCACUUGGACUGGGGAAUGGCAGAAUCAGUCCUUCUAUAAAUAUUCUGUUGCAUUCUAUAUAUUACCAAAUAUACUGGCUGCUUUGUUGUUCAUCUUUCCUCCAUUGCGAAGAUUCAUGGAGCACUCAAAUAUGCAAAUUAUCAAGCUAAUCAUGUGGUGGGCUCAGCCAAAACUAUAUGUUGGAAGAGGUAUGCAUGAAGAUAUGUUCUCUCUUUUCAAAUAUACAUCCUUUUGGAUUAUGCUACUGCUCUGCAAGCUUGCCUUUAGCUACUAUGUGGAGAUAGUGCCCCUUAUUACUCCUACAAAGAUGAUUAUGCGUUUGCAUGUUCAUAGCUAUCAGUGGCAUGAAUUUUUUCCGAAUGCAACUCACAAUAUUGGAGUAGUUAUUGCUGUAUGGGCUCCAAUUGUGCUUGUCUAUAUCAUGGAUACUCAAAUAUGGUACGCUAUUUUCUCCACUCUAUUUGGAGGAAUACACGGGGCCUUCAGUCACUUGGGAGAAAUACGUACUCUUGGGAUGUUGCGGUCCAGAUUUGAGUCGAUACCCAUUGCUUUCAGCCGCACUCUCAUGCCAUCAUCAAAACAGGGUGUGAGGAGAAAACAUGAGGAUGAUUUUGUGGACCAGAAGAAUAUCACAAAUUUUUCCCAGGUGUGGAAUGAGUUCAUUUACUCUAUGCGAAGUGAGGAUCUGAUCAGUGACAGAGAUAGAGAUUUGCUGCUUGUUCCAUCUUCUUCUGGUGAUGUAUCUGUCAUCCAAUGGCCUCCUUUCUUGCUUGCUAGUAAGAUACCAAUUGCUGUGGACAUGGCAAAAGAUUUCAGGGGGAAAGAGGACACUGACCUAUUUAAAAAGAUUAAGGGAGAUAGUUACAUGCAUUCUGCAGUUAUUGAAAGUUAUGAGACACUGAAGGACGUAAUUUUUGCUCUGCUGGAAGAUGAGGCUGAUAGAAGGGUCAUGAAGCAGGUAUUUUACGAAGUGGAUACUAGCAUAGAGCAACAGAGAUUUAUAUAUGAAUUCCGGAUGAGUGGACUACCGCUUCUCAGCGUUAAGUUGGAGAAGUUUUUAAAUAUGUUGCUAUGCAACUAUGAAGACGAGGGUACAUACAAGUCUCAAUUAAUUAAUGUGUUCCAGGAUGUUAUCGAAAUAAUAACUCAAGAUGUUAUGGUCAAUGGCCAUGAAAUCCUCGAAAGAGCUCGUGUUCACUCCCGGGACAUUGAAAACGAGAAAAAGGAGCAGAGGUUUGAAAAAAUCAACAUUCACCUCAUAGGUAACAAAUCUUGGAGAGAGAAGGUUGUUCGGCUUCAUUUGCUUCUCGCUGUCAAAGAAUCUGCAAUAAGUGUGCCUCAGAACUUGGAAGCUCGCCGCCGUAUCACGUUCUUUGCCAAUUCUCUGUUUAUGAAUAUGCCUAAUGCUCCAAGAGUACGGGACAUGUUCUCCUUCAGUGUUUUGACUCCUUACUACAAAGAAGAUGUUCUUUAUUCUGAGGAAGACCUUAACAAGGAAAAUGAAGAUGGGAUAUCAAUAUUGUUUUAUCUACAAAAAAUAUAUCCCGAUGAGUGGACUAACUUUUUGGAUCGCACUAAUGAUCCGAAAUUUGAGCUUUCUGAGAAAGACAAAUCAGAGCUUCUUCGUCAGUGGGUUUCUUACAGAGGGCAGACAUUAGUGAGAACAGUUAGGGGGAUGAUGUACUACAGACAAGCUCUGGAGCUUCAAUGUUACCAGGAAGUUGCAGAGGAAAAAGCCAAUUUCAGUGUCUACCGAGCCAGGACAUCUAAUGAUGAGGAUCAAAAGGCUUUCCUCGAUCGUGCUAAAGCCCUUGCAGAUAUGAAGUUCACUUAUGUAGUCUCUUGCCAGGUUUAUGGCAAUCAGAAAAAAUCAAGUGAUCUUCACGACCGUAGUUGCUACACCAAUAUUCUACAACUCAUGCUGAAGUACCCAUCAUUACGGGUUGCUUAUGUGGACGAGAGGGAGGAGAAAGUGGAAGGAAGAUCUCACAAGGUUUAUUACUCCGUACUUCUCAAGGGAGGCAACAAGUUUGAUGAGGAAAUUUACCGAAUCAAGCUUCCUGGUCCUCCAGCUGAAAUUGGUGAAGGAAAGCCUGAGAACCAAAACCAUGCUAUUAUUUUUACCCGUGGUGAAGCACUCCAAACUAUAGACAUGAAUCAAGACAAUUACUUUGAAGAAGCUUUCAAGCUAAGAAAUGUAUUAGAGGAAUUCAAAAAAGAACGUCUAGGCAGGCGCAAACCAACAAUUCUGGGACUCCGGGAGCAUAUAUUUACUGGAAGUGUUUCAUCGCUAGCUUGGUUCAUGUCCAAUCAGGAGACUAGUUUUGUGACAAUCGGCCAAAGAAUUUUGGCAAAUCCUCUGCGGGUUCGUUUUCAUUAUGGUCAUCCUGAUAUAUUUGACAGAAUCUUUCACAUAACAAGAGGUGGCGUGAGCAAGGCUUCGAAAAUAAUAAAUUUGAGUGAAGAUAUUUUCGCAGGAUUCAAUUCAACUCUUCGGGGGGGAUAUGUUACUCAUCAUGAGUACAUUCAAGUUGGAAAGGGUCGGGAUGUGGGGAUGAAUCCCAUCUCAAUUUUUGAAGCAAAAGUAGCGAAUGGAAAUGGGGAGCAGACACUAAGUCGUGAUGUUUACAGACUGGGGCAUCGGUUUGACUUUUACAGAAUGCUCUCUUUCUAUUUUACAACUGUUGGAUUCUACUUCAGUAGCAUGCUUACCGUCCUUACUGUGUACGCAUUCUUAUAUGGGCGUAUGUACAUGGUUAUGAGUGGAUUGGAAAAGGAUAUCAUCCAGAUUGCAAGCAAGUAUCAGAUCACAGCCCUUGAGGAGGCUCUUGCUACCCAGUCAAUAUUUCAGCUGGGUUUCAUAAUGGUGCUACCGAUGAUAAUGGAAAUCGGUUUGGAGAAAGGGUUUCGUGCUGCUAUUGGUGAUUUUAUCAUAAUGCAGCUGCAGCUCGCAUCUGUCUUUUUCACAUUCCAGCUGGGGACAAAGUCUCAUUACUAUGGAAGGACUAUUUUGCACGGUGGUUCUAAAUAUCGACCUACUGGGCGGGGAUUUGUUGUUUUUCAUGCUAAGUUUGCAGAAAACUACAGGCUGUACUCGAGAAGUCACUUUGUGAAGGGACUGGAGUUACUGGUACUGUUGGUGGUUUAUCAUGUCUAUGGAAGUUCAUACCGAAGUUCAAGCCUUUAUCUCUACAUAACCAUAUCAAUGUGGUUUCUGGUGUCCUCAUGGUUGUUUGCUCCGUUCAUAUUCAAUCCGUCUGGUUUUGAAUGGCAAAAGACAGUCGAUGAUUGGACUGAUUGGAAAAGAUGGAUGGGAGAUCGUGGAGGUAUAGGCAUCCCCACGGAUAAAAGCUGGGAGUCAUGGUGGCAUGCAGAACAAGAACACCUCAUGUACACGAAUUUAAGGGGGAGGAUUGUGGAAAUCGUCCUCGCACUACGCUUUUUCAUCUACCAGUACGGGAUUGUUUACCAGCUCAAGAUUUCUCACCGCAGCAAGAGCUUUUUGGUUUAUGGACUUUCUUGGGUUGUCUUGCUGACAGCAAUGCUUGUCCUAAAGAUGGUUUCGAUGGGUAGAAGGAGAUUUGGAACGGAUUUUCAACUAAUGUCGAGGAUAGUAAAGGCGCUUCUCUUCCUAGGCUUCAUGUCAGUAAUGACUGUGUUAUUUGUAGUGUUUGAGCUGACAUUGGCAGAUCUCUUUGCUUCGGUUCUUGCUUUCUUGCCAACGGGGUGGGCGAUCCUCCUGAUAGGGCAAGCGAUGAGGUCGGGGAUAAAGGCGAUGGGGAUAUGGGAUUCGGUGAAGGAGCUAGGAAGAGCGUACGAGUACAUAAUGGGGCUCGUGAUAUUCGCACCGAUAGCAGUGCUGUCGUGGUUCCCCAUUGUUUCGGAGUUUCAGACGCGUCUACUCUUCAACCAAGCCUUUAGCAGAGGCCUUCAGAUCUCUAUGAUCCUCGCUGGUCGGAAAGACAAAGCAUCUUCCUCAUUUUACAAGUAAGUAAAUUAUAUAUGUCCUUGGCCAUGAAGUAGAGUUUCUCCAUUUUGAAUGUCCCGUGAGCUUUUGUCUGAUUAGAGACUUGGAAUUAUCAAAAGGGCCCUCUCUACCUUAUGUGAUUUGGUUAUGUUCCAGUUCCAUGUGUUUUGGAGAAAGAAAACUGAGUUGGGUGUCAGUCACGUGACACACGUGCCAAAAUUGCAAAGAGAAAUAUAAAAUAGGGGUGGCCAUUUCGGGUUUUGGUUCGGUUA